AUGUCGAGAAAUCUCCAUUUCUGCUUCAAUAAGAUGAAAUCCCCACCGUCCACCGAUCACAACCUCCCAACUCACGAUCACAGCCGUCCGUUUUCCCAAUCCUCCUCAUCACUCAUAAGAAACUUCAACUCCCUCUACGAAAAUUUCUCCGCCCCCGCCGCCGACCACUGCGCCAGCUCCUCCGACUCAGACGCCGAGUACGGCGCCUCCGCGCCGGACAUCGCCGCCGCCGCCGCCUCCCGUCGGUUCUUCUUCUCCUCCCCCGGGAGGUCGAACUCCAUAGUCGACUCUUCCGGAGGCUCGCCGGCACCGUCGUCUCCGGAGGUCGAUGCCGGAGGAUCCUCUGGCGGAGGGAUCGCCGUUCCGACGUACUCGCCUGACCCGUUCGCUGACUUCCGGCGGUCAAUGCAGGAGAUGGUGGAGGCGCGUGAGGUGCGUGGCGUGCGUGAGGAUUGGGGGUACCUGCACGAGCUCCUCACGUGCUACCUCUCGCUCAACCCAAAGAGCACGCACAAGUUCAUCGUCGAGGCCUUCGCCGACCUGCUCGUCAGCCUCGUCACGGAGGAUGCUCGCCUGAAAAAAUCGUUCUCCGCCGCCGGGAAAUACGGGAUCGCGCGGCGGCGCGUGUGA